AUGCUAAAACCGCGUAAUAUAUUAAGUAUUACGUUGUAUUCUAUAAUUCACAUAUCUUCUAUUUCAUUCUACGAUACCAAAAUACUGUUCGAGAAAAUGUUGCCUAUAACGUACAUCAGUGUAUUAUUAUUAACGUUCGUUUUCGUUGAACCCAUCAUUGCUUCUGCAAUUGACUACUCACCUGAAAUUUAUGUGAAAGGUCAUCUAAUAGGAAAUACAGCUGGUUCUUAUUGGUUGAUAGAUGAUGACGUUACACCUAUGCCAGUUCCAUACUCGAUGGUAAUGGACUAUUGGCAAAAGUUAGCAUCAUCGUCAAAAGUUUCAAACAAACGCGAUGGUCAAGUAAUAUCUACUUUGAUUGAUAAUUGUCAAGGCCAAUUCUGCCAAUUACUCACUCUAGAAGCAUUUGCGAAUGGGACGCAAUAUUUUCAAAUAAAAACUAUACAGGGUUCUGGAAACUUUACCGGAGCUACGUAUUCUGAUAAAUUUUGGAGGCAAGAUAAAGUUGGUUAUGGCUCGCAAUACGAAGUUGCUUCUCUCUAUGGCAUGAAUUUUGAAACAAUUGUGGAAAGUUAUAGUAACUGGGCCUCAAUUUGGGAGUUAACUAGACUCAUAGUUAGGGCCUUACAACAGACUCUAUACUACGUCCUCAAUACUUUGAAAUAUUGUUCACUACAGAAAGAAAAAAGGGAUAUAUACUCUAUACUUGUUGAUUCUUCUGAUGGCUGGUCAACCUUCAUCUCAACAGAUACACAAACUGAUUUUUCUAAUUUUUAUUCCUGGCCUGAUUUUGAGCAUAUGACUCGAGAAGCUCUUACAGAUGAGAGCAAUAAGUCGAAGUCAGCAUUUUGCAUUUUUACUAACGCUGUUGCUGGUAAAGAGAUGAAUUUAAGGAUCAUUUCAAACACAUCGCAGUCUAAGUUUGAUCCAUGGGCAUUACCUUGUGGCAUUUAA